CAAUCACUGAAUAAUUCUUGCYAAAGGCGGAUGAUUCUUCUUGGACGUUUAUCAAAUCACUUGGUUGCAAAGGUUCUAAGGCGUGUUAUUGGAAUCCAUAGCCAUGUCCUGGGUCUUGCUCCUCCUCGCAGYAAUGGUUCCGUCAGCAAUUGCGCAUCAUGUCGAUUCCAAAAACGAAAAUUACGAUUUUGCUUACCACAACACACCACAGUAUCGAUUUGAUUCGGGAGCAAAAUCUGUUCACUGCUGGCCAGCCGAAGCCAUCAAAAAAAAUUCUGGAAAAUGCAAUGACUUUGACGUCAGUGCACCCGCUUACUAUAAAAUAACUGACUGUMAGRAMAAAUACAGGAAGCUCUCAUGGUGGAUUUGGUUUGGAGAGCGUAAAACAUGCAAUGAAGAGGCUAUCAGCGACUGGGAACACAUCAACAUCAACUUUAUCAAAGAUGACACAACUGGAAAAUGGAUUCAAGACUCUGUGACCUUUUAUCAAUUUGAUGGCUGGUUUACUACUAAGAAACUCAAAGGCCAAGUUAUAGUGUAUGUAGGUAAAGUUCGUCACGGAAGCUAUGAUAAUUUGUGCCCUGAAGAAAAAUGUAAMCAGCCUUGCGAGUACUGGAACGACUUUCGUGAUGACAGACCGAAUGGAAAACAUUGGUUUCCAAUAAACAUUCAGGAUGUUUCAGUGAUACCUGAGGAGAUUGGAAAGGYCGUACAUGACCACAAGUACUUUUCCAACCAGCAGACCAACAGCUGCUUUGGUGAAAAAAACCGCUGUACUGUCGGUUCGUGUGGAUGUUACCGCAAUGACCACACGUUUCCGGCCCCGUAYUGUGACAAAUAGAUGUCCAGCUAUUCUCCUCGCAGCCGUGUUUAGUUUCGGUCACGCGUAACGCAACCGUCUCCAAAAGGUUGCGUUACGCGUGACCGAAACUAAAGACGGCUGUGAGGAGACUAAUGUCCCGCCGAAAACACUGUAUUAUGGGAAUUUGUUACUCGUUUUAGUUGUGGGAUGUCCARUGGAAUGGGAAAAACUAUAUUGAUGUUUUCUGAUCGUGUUUAAAUAAAAAUGCCCUGCGCAUUUUCGUACAGAUUCGCAACGGAAAAUCGAAGGUCCUGGUUGAAGACGAUGCUGGAACACCCAAAUUAUGGGUCAUACGAUACAUGCAUAGCCUCCUUCGAAGCCUACUCCAUCGGAUACGGACAUUUUUCUCUUCUUGGUCUUCCUGUGUUCAUAUUCUUGACCGAGAAGAACUGGUGUCGAGAGAUUAUCCUUCCUUCCUAGCCCCCUCCCCCUCCGGMAGCUUUUUUGCCUUAACACAGGAAUCCCACGAAGGAGGCUAAUACAUGCAUACUUAUGGCACAUAUAAAUGAAAAAAUACAAUAAGACUCUGCUUUGUCUCCAACCAGAGCUUUUCAUUUUCCGUUGGGAAACUAGAAAGGAUCUACGUACAUGAAUGUAGUACAAUCUAUAUGAAAUAAACUAUACAGUUGGGACCGGAAUCUCUCACAAAAA